AGAUGGCCCCACUGGUACUGUAUCACUUUCCGGCUUCACCACCUUCGCGCUCGGCUUUGUUGGUUCUUCGGAAUUUGGAGCUGGACGUUGAGGUGAAAAUUGUGAAUCUUUUCGCCGGCGAGCAGCAUGCCGAAGAGUUCCUUGCCAUCAACCCGGAGCAUACCGUGCCGACGCUGGUGGACGAGGACUUCGUGCUGUGGGAGUCGAAAGCGAUUGUGACGUACCUGGCCGAACAGUACAAGCCGGGCUGUUCAAUGUACCCGAACGAUCCGAAGCGGCGUGGCCUCAUCAACCAGCGCCUGCAGUACGACUCGGGCACCCUUUUUGCAGCCCUACGCAACAUCGUAUCAUCCGUGCUGCGUUCCGGGGAGACGGUUAUCUCGCAGGAGAAGAAGGACACGACACACCAGGCGCUGGCGAAGCUGGAAACCUAUCUGGACGGGUGCGAUUGGGCCGCCGGAGAUGAGUGUUCCGUGGCCGACUUGUGCCUGCUGGCAAACGUUGCUUCGUUGAAGGAGAUGGGGGUCGGAUUCGGGACAUUCCCGAACAUCAACGGAUGGUACGAGCGGUGCCAGAUGUUGCCGGGAUUCGAGGAGAAUAAUGAAGGAGCCAUCUUUCUCGGCACUGCCAUUAAAUCGAAGCUGGAAGAACCGUACUAAUGGAUGAAAGAAGUCAUUUAGUAAAUGGAGUCAGUUAAUGUUAACGAACGACAACAUUCUUACUCACCAGAGUGGAUUUCUAUACACUACU